GCUGCUGAGAUGGAGCCAGAAAGCUCUGGGGCGAGGGGAUCCCCCACAGUCACGCUGUGCCCGGCCGGGCUGGGGGUCCUGCCCCAGCACCCCGGGGUGCAGGUCGCUCCCCACUCUGUCUGUGUCCAGCAGAAAGACUGAGAAGGAGGCAAAGCCCUGGCUGCUCCUGCUCCCACACGGGAUGGCUCACGCUGCUUCUCCUCCUCCCCGGAGCUGCACCACAGCUCUGCAGCCCUGCUUUCUGCUCAGCAGCCGCCCCUCACUGCUCUCCUGUCAGCUCCAGACCCUCCUGGCUUCCCCAGGAGGAACCUGGCAGCUCUGGAGGUGACUCGGGGCUGGACCAGGACACAAAGCAGCACUGUCUUGGUCUAACCUUUCACUCAGCUGCCUUUAAACACAGCCAUGUUUGCUAACAUCUUCGAUGUACUUGAUGCUUUGGUUUAAACGCUGAUGCUAUCUUGCAAAGAAGGGUUUAAAAUAUUUAUUUGCUUGGGAGAUGGUGAUUGCUGUUGCUGCCAGAGAUAGGGAUCUUGGCUCCUCAGAGGCUCCUGUGGGAUCAUAAUAGGUUGCAUUCUGGGAACACUCCAGAAGAUCGACUGAGAUAAGCACCUGCAGCCCUCCUGCCUUCCCUCCACCAGCCCAGUUUCAGGUGUUCCCAACCGACACAAGAGCCAACAUGAACGUGGGAACAGCACACAGCGAAGUGAAUCCCAACACCCGCGUCAUGAACAGCCGGGGCAUCUGGUUGUCCUACGUCCUUGGAAUUGGCCUGCUGCAUGUUGUACUCCUGAGCAUCCCCUUCUUCAGCGUCCCUGUGGUUUGGACUCUUACCAACAUCAUUCACAACAUGAGUAUGUACAUCUUCCUACAUACCGUGAAAGGAACUCCUUUUGAGACUCCGGACCAGGGGAAGGCUCGGCUGCUCACGCACUGGGAGCAGAUGGACUACGGCGUGCAGUUCACGGCAUCGCGGAAGUUCCUGACCAUCAUGCCCAUUGUCCUGUAUUUUCUAACCAGCUUUUACACAAAGUAUGACCGGAUACACUUCAUAAUCAACACCAUCUCCCUUAUGAGUGUCCUGAUCCCCAAACUGCCUCAGUUUCAUGGAGUCCGGAUCUUUGGAAUCAACAAGUACUGAACUGCGUGGCUGGAGCGAAUUGAAGAGGAGCAGGAGAGAGGGUGAAGUUCAUUCUCUCUAGUCCUGUUUCUUCACCCCCACGCACACUGGGAUGUAAUUUCACAGCGGCUGUUUAAAUGCAGUAUCCAAUAGACAUAUACCGCAUGCUGGAUCCUCAUGCCCAAUAAAUCUAAACAAGCUCCAGAGUAGAGUUUAGCGCGGAGCAGGAUGCAUGACAUUGGAUUUAUUUUAUUCCAGUGUCAUAAAUAGAUGCAGAUAAACUGAAACUUCAAGGUACAAUGAGGAUGAAUUCUGGGGAGAUUUUCAUCUAUCCCAGACAUUGAAUGAUGAGAAUAGGGAUGAGGGGAAAAGCUUUUAGUGCUGGUACUAUUGCUGUGGUAAAUGCACUUUAAAAUAGAUUUCCCUUUCUGAAGCUAGGUGCUUUAAGUGAUAUGUGGGGGAAAUUCAAAGGGAUACAGCCAGACUUUCCCAAUACUUGAUUGUUUCAGGGUUUGAGUUCCAUUUUUGGGCAGGGGAGUGGGAGGGGGAAGAGAAUGACAGAUUUUUAUUUUGCAAUCUUUUACACCACUGAGAAAGGAAGUUCUUUUACUAGAAACAGUACAGGAAGGAAUGACCUGCAAUUUGACAAACUUUCAGUUUUCUAUGGUACCAUUCACAUGGUUCAGGGAAAAGGCCAAUAGAUCCUAAAAUCAUACUUGUUAUUUUCAGCUUAUACCAGAAUCUGCCUGAUUAACUCUGCUCCUCACCCCAAACCACUAAUUUUUAAGCACACUGAGUGCUCAGGCAGUACAGCAUUUGGAUUAAGGACUGAGACACAGGUUAUUUUAGCGAUUGACAACAAAUGCCACUGAGCUACUUGGCACACGGAGACUGGGUGAGCACAGGAGAAACUGAAGAUGGAUUGGUAUAGGGGAGAGAUGGAUGGCAGCUUGCUAUAAUCUGUUAGUGACGAUAAUCGGAAUUUUUCUCCUCAGUUCAGCUCCUUGGUCUCUGUGUGUACGUUACUCGGAUUUGCCAGUGGACUUAGCUCAGUAUCUGACUCAAGGCAAGCGAGUGUUUGAUUUCUGGCUUACCUGAAGUCUGUCGCUCAGCUCCCACGCACAAGCGCUGCGGCAGCGUCCCCUGAGCCCUCAGGUGAUCGCUGGCAAGGGCGCUGCAGGAGAGCAAUACUAACGAGCAGCACCAGCAGCAGACUGAAUUGACCAGCAGAAGGAUGCAAUGGGUCACUGAAGAUGAUAGAUUAUUUAGUAUAGGAACAAAAUUGAGCCUUUCUCCCAUAAAAUUAGCGCCUAAAUAAAGUAGGUUUGCAGGUUUAGAUUUCCUGGCUGAGAUAGCUUUCUGCUGUUCAAAGCAAUCGGUUUUUCUUUUGGGUUGUGUGCCGGAUGAAAUGUGUUUUUCCUUAUGCUUCCCCUGUAAACUCAUGAAAGCCUGUAUUUUUGUUGUCUUAGCGCUUAUAUCGUCUCACACUUUUGACAAUGGUAUAAACAUUUUAAAUAUGCUCAUUUUGUUCCUGCAUUAGCCAAUUCUAGCUUUAGAGGUCAUAGUGGAUAUUGUUGAGUUCUGUUUGAUGGUCUGAGCAUAGGACAUGGAUAGGGGAGCUUCAGGUUUGCAUAUAAGAUCUAGUACUACUCCAUGCAUGAUUUUAGGCAAGCUGCUUUACUUCUCUAUCUGAAAUUUACUAUCAGACUGCUGCAGAGAAGGGAAAAAUAUUUAGUGUACCUCAGAGGGCUGCUGGAAUGCAUAGAGAAUCAUUACCUAAUAUGUUUGAAAAGUGGAAAUAUUUUAAGUGAAAGGGAAGCUUUCAAGAAGGUGGAAAGAGAAUAGAGUCUGGCUGUUCUCCAGCGAGGGAGUUUGACAGAUAUGCAAUUUACUUGAUGGCGGGGGUUAAACCUUUUAACCACCAUGACUUAAGGACUGCUGCUUUAGUUAAGGUACUAUAUACCCUAAAGCUAAUAUACUCUUUAAGCUACUAGACAAUGACUUUUGAAAAAAAUAAAUACUGUUUUCAAAAUAGAGAUAUUUCAUCAAUCAGCUAAGUACCUUUGAAAUGACUAAGAAAUCAGUGUCAACGCCUAGAAUCCUUACGGAAAGGCUGCUGCCCUCAGAGCGGUGGAGUCUGUCCUUAGCAGGAUGGCUGUGUCCGUAAUGCAGACUGUAUGUUGCUUAACAGAUCCGAACAUCUGCCUGCAGACACAACUUACAUGGCAACGGUAAAUCUCCAGAGGAAGGAAAAGUAUUUAUUUAUCUUGGAGCUCUUCUCCAUGAAGUACAGCACUUCACACAAUUUCCUUGAAGGCCUUGGCAUUACAGCAGCUGAGGGUUUGAAGAUGUUUGUGCUGUUAACCAACACCUAUGGACAUCUGAUUCUGUUUUGUUAAAUUAAAGAUCAACUGUAAAACAGAAUGGGAUUAUGAACUUCUCAAAAAGGUAGUUUUUAAAACCUAAAGUCUAAAACUGCUUGUUAGGCAAAGCCUUAAUUGUAAUAGUAAGCUUUUCUGAUUUACCUUAUUCACACAAAUGAUUAAAAUAGCCAUUAGAGAGAUGUGUUACAUGGCAAGUGACAUUCUUUACCACACAGGGAUAGCAUUUUUACCACAGAAUAACUGAAGUUAACUUGGACUUAUACAGUUAAUCCAAUCAAGGGAAAUAUAAAUGAAAACUGGAGAAAUACAGAAAGUAGCGAGAGAGCUGAAGAAAGAUUUCAUGUUAAUAGCGUGGUGUGUGAAGUAUCACAUAAAAUUAAUAAUUACUUGAAUAAUUAUAGAUCUGAUAGCAUCUUCCUUAAGAUCCAUCUUAAGGGUAGGUAUCAGAAUAAAUCAAAAAUAGAAAAGAAACCAUAAGUUAAUUAAACCACAGUUGCAGUUGCUAAUUGUUAGGUGUACCUGAGGUAGUUUUAAGUGAAAGUUGUGGGUACUGCCGGUUGAGCCAUCCUUGUACACCAGCUGCAUGGCUCCUUCCUGUUGUUCUCACAGGGGCGAGCAGUACCCAACUAAGUUUCCAGUUAGAACUACACCACUGCAGUGGUGUGGAAGUAACCGACAGUUCUGGGUCUCCUGGAACUCUGUACUGAACCCACUUCUAGUUUAUUUCUGUUUGUUAAAUUCACAAAGAAGUGAGUUCAGAACUGGAAGGCUAAUCUUGCACGCAAACAAGUUAGAGAGCAUAGCCAAAACACUAACACUCUCAUGGGAUAACUGAUUUCUGAGAAAAGGGAGACUGGGCAGGAUGAGGGAUUUUCAGAUGUGUACUUGCAGCUAGCGUAGCAGUGAUCCAAGAGUGAAGCUUACCUUUUGUGUGGAGAACCAGGAUGUGAGCGCAAAGACUGUCCAUUCAUUCUUUUAGACUGUAGAAUCUUCUCCAAGUACCUGCGUGAAGGAGAUAAUUGAUUGUUACUGAUUUUUACAUGGUAUUUUGAUCACAUCACACUUGACAGAUUUUUCCUCUCCAAUUUGUACUGGCUUCCUGUAGUGACUAGGGGGAAUGGCUUGUCCUGUGACUGAGAAACAAUUACUGGAUAAGUAGGUACUUAAAAUGCUUUUCUUUUUUCUUCUGCCAUGAGCAGGGAAGGAGAAAAGCUUUUGAAAACCACCACUUGAACCGUUCACAGGCACUGGCAGAAGCCAAGCUGCUCCUCUGCCCCAUCUUGUCCUGGGCAAAGCCUCUUCUAAGCCACUGUCAAGACCACACAUGUAUUCACACAGUAUGGCAGUCACUGCACCUCCACAGUCAGACAACAAUCAAGUACUAACAGCCUGAUGCUUCUCAAUUAGGGAUCCUGUCUGGCAAUUAGUUUAACAUAGCUAACAGAAUGUCACACAGUCCAACCCUUUGCAGGAAAAAGCCUUUAAAAAAACAACAAAAAAACCCCAAAAAACAAAAAGAGAUAUCUGGGGCUAUUUAAUUCCCAAGUACUUUUUUUUUUUAAUCAUUGUUUAAUUUUGUUUGUUUUAAUAGAAGCAUGGUACUGGCCCUUGGAAAGCGGACAGCAGCUGGUUACCAUUGUUAACACAUUAAUAUUUCUCAUUGUGACUUAAGUUGCUUUAUCAUUGCCUAUAAUAUCUUUUAAGCAUGCAAGUGUUUGUGUAUACGUAUCCUCCUUGGAUCAGUUUAAGUGAGCUAAAUUAGUUGGGGUUUUUUUAAUGGAACAUUCUGACAUUGUACAAAGUUUUAGGGUUUUUUUCCAGUAGCCCUUCUUUUUGCUGUGUAUACAGAAGUCUCAUGUAGAGAACUUUCUAAAAUAAAGUGUGAAUAUUUUUAUUACUCCUUUGUACAGUAUUCUAAGAGAAACUAAUAAAGUAAGUAUUCAUGUAAAAA